AUGGAGCCGGAUCGCAUUGGCCCCGAUACCACUCCCAAACGUCCGUUCAAAGACAGGGUCGUUGAUGUUCCUCGCCGUAUCAUCAAAGGUCUGACGACGAGGGAGGGACUCAUUGGAGACUACGACUAUGCCUUCCUUUUCACCCCGAAUCUUCCCUUCAUGAAGAGGUCCCGCCAAUCGGCACCUUUCUUUGGCCUGAAUGACAAGAUGCCCAUCUUCCUCGCCCUGCUCCUUGGAUUUCAACACGCCUUGUCCAUGUUGGCGGGUCUAAUCACUCCACCGAUCAUUCUCUCUGGUACGGGCGGGGCCAACUUGGAUGCGGAGACUUCCCAAUAUCUUGUCUCUACUUCACUGAUCGUUUGCGGGAUUUUGUCUGCGGUCCAAAUCACCCGCUUCCACAUCUACAAGACACCGUACUACAUCGGCACAGGUUUGAUAUCCGUGGUGGGCACCUCAUUUGCGACCAUACCCGUUUCGUUAGGCGGUCUGUCCCAGAUGUAUGAUUCAGGAUUCUGCCCGAGUGAUUCCGACGGUAAUAGACUGGCGUGCCCCCAGGGAUACGGCGCCAUUUUGGGCACAGCAUGCAUCUGCUCUCUAUUGGAAAUCGGUUUGUCAUUCGCCCCGGCCAAAGCUCUGAAGAGAGUCUUCCCUCCCCUUGUGACUGGGCCGACCGUCGUUCUCAUCGGUGUCAAUCUAAUUGGCACUGGGUUUGAGAAUUGGGCCGGAGGUUCCGGAACAUGCAGAUCUCGUCCGGAGACGGGAUUGUUCCAGAACUGCCCGUCAAACUCGGCACCACAUCCGUUGCCAUGGGGCUCGGCCGAAUUUGUCGGCUUGGGAUUCAGCGUUUUUGCGACCAUAAUUCUUUGCGAACGAUUUGGUAGCCCUAUCAUGAAAUCCUGUGCCGUUGUUGUCGGCCUACUCGUUGGAUGUAUUAUCGCCGCAGCCACCAACUAUUUCGAUGACUCGGGUAUCCAAAGUGCGAAAGCAGCGUCGUUCAUUUGGGUUGAGACAUUUCCCCUGUCGCUAUACGGGCCGAUGGUAUUACCCUUCUUAGCGGUGUUCUUGGUCUUGAUGAUGGAGGCCAUUGGGGACAUCACGGCCAGUUGCGACGUGUCACGGCUCGAAGUUGAGGGCCCUAUCUUUGAGUCUCGUAUUCAAGGUGGUGUCCUCGCGGACGGUCUCAACGGCAUGUUUGCAUGUCUCUGCACCAUAACCCCGGUAUCAACAUUUGCCCAGAACAAUGGAGUCAUUGCUCUCACUCGCUGUGCCAAUAGAAAGGCCGGCUAUUGCUGUUGCUUCUUCCUCCUCAUCAUGGGUAUCUUUUCCAAGUUUGCAGCAGCCCUGGUGGCUAUUCCAUCUGCGGUGCUUGGAGGUAUGACAACAUUCCUGUUUUCGGCCGUUGCUAUUUCGGGAAUCCGAAUUAUUUCGACCGUGCCGUUCACCAGACGGAACCGAUUUAUUCUGACCGCAGCCAUGUCUGUUGGAUUCGGCGCAACCUUGGUGCCUGAUUGGUUCGCCUAUGUGUUCACGUACGAAGGAGACAAUUCCGCCCUGAGGGGACUGAUGAACGCUGUCGAACUGGUCAUGGAAACCGGCUUUGCUGUUACCGCCUUCCUCUCACUCUUCCUGAAUCUGAUUCUCAGAGAAGAGGAUGAGGACGAAACGGUCGAUGUCACAGCAAACACAGUCGAUGAGAAAGAUGACGAGGAGGAAUGGGAACGGAUCAGACGUCCCAGCCAGUUGAGAGCCAUGCGGAAGAGUGAGGAGAAGGUCAGGUCGAGCGCCGAUGUCGAAUCGAAUGCCGCGGUGACUACGAUGCCCCCCAUCAAGGAUGAAUGA